ACGGUCCUUUCUGUUAUUGGUUGAGAAUACAGGGAAGAAUUGUAGUAAUUAUUAAAGCAGAAAAGAAUAGGUCAUCGGACGUUUAAUACAUCUGCUACCGAAAAGAUUGAACAAUUUGCCGCGUUUUAUUUAAGCAAUUGUACUAUGUCGACGGAUGCUGUUGUGCCACCGCCUGCUAUUUGGGCUCAACGGAAUGAUGUUAUUUACCUAACAUUAAAUGUGGAGUGCCCUGAUCCAACUUUUAAAUUCACACCAGAUACCAUGUAUUUCAAAGGUAUUGGGUUACCGGAGAAAAAGAACCACGAGGUUACAAUAAACUUCUACAAUAAAAUAAAUCCAGAUAAAGUUAUCAGUAAAAAUACUAGUCGUUGCAUCGAGUUUGUUAUAGCGAAGGCAGAUACGAAAGGACCUUACUGGCCAAAAUUAACAGUUGACAAGAACAAACCUCAUUGGCUCAAAGUUGACUUCAAUCGAUGGAAGGAUGAGGGUUCCGAUGAUGAGACAAAUGAGGGCGACAACGCAAUGUCACUGGAAGACAUGUUGCGGCAAGCUAAUGAUAGUAAACUUUCAUUCGAUGAUCUGGACGACGAUCAGGAAGACUCAGACGAUGAGGCGAUGCCUGGUUUAACUGAGGAUAAAGACGAAAAUGAGGAUAAGAAGUAAACAAGUUAAUACGAACAAUGCUUCCCUCUCAUUUUUGAAAAAUGGACCCGGUUAUGAAUACAAAAGGGAGAGGACACAGUCAAAAGCAACCAUUGAAAUGUGUAAUUUUUAUUUAAGACGUAAGAAGGGAUACCGUAUAAGUAAAAAAAAAACGUUCGAAUUGUGCGAGAAGAUUUCCAAACCGUUAGAUUCAAAAAUGGCUUGGUGUAAAGCCUAGGAACAAAGGUUAAAAAGAUCUAAUAGAAUCUUUUUUACACUCAUA